UGUCACUCUAAAUGGCGACCAGUCCCCUCCAACACCCAACCAACCCCUCGGCGACGCCAGCUGGCCCCUUUUGCCCUUCAGUUUUCUAAAUAGCGAAGCACCAAGGCGGCCUUGAUUUCUUCUCAUCACCAGAGACGCAAAGAGCACGCGUCAAGUUUCACCAUGUCUCUCCAAGUACCAAUGGCUCACCGCUCCAAAGGCGGCUCAACAAAAGCCGUGAUCCUCGUCGGCGGUCCCUCGCGUGGUACUCGCUUUCGCCCUCUCUCCCUCGACGUACCGAAACCUCUCUUCGAAGUCGCCGGUCACCCCAUCAUCUGGCACUGUCUCGCUGCCGUUGCUGCCGUUGGCUCCAUUCAAGACGUCAACAUCAUCGGGUACUACGACGAGACCGUCUUUCGGGAUUUCAUCAAGGAUGCGACCAAGGAGUUCCCCAACCUCUCUUCGAUCAAAUACCUGCGCGAAUACGAGGCCCUCGGCACCGCUGGCGGCCUGUACCACUUUCGCGAUGCGAUCCUCAAGGGCCGCCCAGACCGUCUCUUUGUCCUCAAUGCCGACGUUUGCUGCAGCUUUCCCCUAGGCGAGAUGCUCAAGCUCUUUGACGACAAGGAUGCAGAGGCAGUCAUCCUGGGCACGCGCGUAAGCGACGAUGCUGCCACAAACUUUGGUUGCAUCGUCUCGGAUGCGCACACUCGUCGCGUCCUGCAUUACGUCGAGAAGCCCGAGUCCCGCAUCAGCAACCUGAUCAACUGCGGUGUCUAUCUGUUUGCCACCGAGGCUAUCUUCCCCAGCAUCAAAUCUGCGAUCAAGCGUCGCACGGACCGCCCCGCCCGCCUUGUUUCCUACCCUUCUUCCGACAACCUCGAGACCUUCCACCCUGCUUCGUCGGGGCUCAACGACGACGACGAUGAGGAGCGCAAGAACCAGGUGAUUCGGCUGGAGCAGGAUAUUCUGGGUGACAUGGCCGACAGCAAGCAGUUCUUUGUCUACGAGACCAAAGACUUUUGGCGACAGAUCAAGACCGCUGGUUCAGCCGUGCCGGCAAACGCACUGUACCUGCAGCGCGCAUGGCAAGCUGGCAGCGAGGAAUUGGCCAAGCCGAGUGCCAACCUCGUCGCGCCUGUCUUCAUCCACCCCACUGCCGAGAUCCACCCCACCGCCAAGCUAGGGCCCAACGUGUCCAUCGGGCCUCGCGCGGUCAUCGGAGCCGGUGCGCGCGUCAAGGAGUCGAUUGUACUCGAGGAUUGCGAGAUCAAGCACGAUGCAUGUGUCUUGUACUCCAUCAUUGGCUGGGGCAGCCGCGUCGGGGCAUGGGCGCGCGUGGAGGGAACCCCUACCCCUGUAGGAAGUCACUCGACGAGCAUCGUCAAGAACGGCGUCAAAGUACAGAGCAUUACAAUCUUGGGGAAGGACUGCGGCGUCGGUGACGAGGUGCGCGUGCAGAACUGUGUUUGCUUGCCAUACAAGGAGCUGAAGCGGGAUGUUGCCAAUGAAGUAAUCAUGUGAAGAGGUCAUCUCACCACGGGGCGUUUAGGGAUACCAAUCAAAAGGGCCAAGGAGCCACGAAAUGGAUGCUCAAGAAAAGGCCAUAUACAAGAAAAGUGCCAAAGACAUAGAUCUGAAGAAUGCCGGGGCACGAACAGUAUGGUAUUGUGCCAAAGCACCACGAUUAAUGACGAUAUCUAGAUCCAAGCUU